AAAAAAGCUUCAAACCUAAUGACAUGAAAACUUGAUUUAAGACAUUACUGAUACUUUUAAUGUCAUUCUUUUGUGGAAAUUCAACGUAAUUAUUCCAGGAGACAGAAAAACUUCUAAAACUUGGAUUUGUUAUUUAAUCUGCAUUUAAAGACAUAAUUUCAUUGAUUACCAUUUCAUCCAAAGUUAUUCACAUCCAUUGUGGAAGGUCCUGGUCCGAUUAGUCAAAAUCAUUUCUUGAUGAUUCAUGCAUGUAAUCAUGUAUAAAAAAAAAAGACAUUACUAGUUUUGGGGAUAAGUAGUGAUUUGGGGAAAGAGCAGCAAAAAUUCUGAACAAAAACAAAAAGCUGUCCUUUGCUCAGUGAAACAGCUUUCUGCUGCAUUUCUGGAUCCCUCCCAGUUCUGUGAGCACUUAAAUUAAAUAUGUAUGCGAUGAAUAAGCAAAUAAUUAAAAGGUGUCGAUGCUUUCCUUUUCUGGGUCAAUUUCAGAGAUGAGAUAUUUCCGUCUUUACAACGAGGUUUUAUUAAGAAAAAGAAAAUUGAUUCAGGCCUACAGCUGCUGCUGAUCACGUCAUCGCUUUACCCUGUAAAACUUUUCACACGUUAAAUACUUCCAUGUCAGUGUUUCCCCAGAAAACUUGCUAAGCCCGGCCCGUCGUGUUUUUGAGUUAAAAAAAUAUUUAAAGUCGACAGGAAAUAUCUCUUGAUAGCUGUGUGUUAUUGGAAGAUUUGAAGAUUAAUACCUGGACAUCAACGGUAAAGUCUUAAAAUGCAAACAUAAAAAAAAAACAACUUAAAUAAGCAAUGCUUAACCUGGCGGGACACAAGUAAAGCCUGGUGGCCUGCCAGGCUUAUAAUACACUGGGAGAAACCCUGCAUGUAUACUGCAGGUACAAGGGAUGCCGCCCAGGCCCCAUUCAAUCACGGGGCGCCACUGACUGAGAAUUUAUUGAACAUUUUAUUAAAUAAGUAUUGAACAUUUAUUUAUUUAUUUAUAUUUUACAAGAUUAAAAGUAUAAACAUGAAUAAAAUAAAAUGUAGACGCAAAUACAUUUUCCAGUUGUAAUUCCAUCUUCGUUUUCUGUCCUUUCUUUCAUUUUGUCGUGUCCGAUAACGCGUCUUCCCUCAAACGACCAAAGUUGCCGACGUUUGCGAACCACGCAGCUUCCAGUCGGGAGAAAGUCCCCGCAUCAUCAAAAGCUCUGUCAGAAAGUGAGCUCGCUGUGGAGGCACGAGGGCUUAAUUGAAAAUAAAGUGCUCAUAAUAGCAGCGUAGCUCUCCUCUCCCUCUGUCUGCUUCUGUUUUUUUUAUUGCCGUCCUUUUCAUGUCUACGGUAAUUAUGAGCGCGUCUGUCGUCAGGUCAAUCAGUCUGAGCAAACUUUUGCUCCGGUGUGGGUCUCGCAGAUGUUUUAUUGGAUCUGUCUCCACUGCUCCUGCUGGAUGGACAUAUUUAUCUGGCUGCAAGGAACAAAACGAAAUCACUUCACUGGAAGAACAUCUGGAGGUGUAGUCACUGGUCCACAAGAAAAUAAAAUGCAGCCCUUCUCUAAGGUUUUGUCAAACAUCAAACUUUUUCUUCUCUCUCUCACACACAUGAAGUGAUUUAUGCAUUCAAAGCAACGGGACACCUCUUUCGCUGCAGUUGGACAGAGUUCAGUUUUGCCGAGAUUGGACAGACGGAAGCUCUCACGCAGAUUGAAUUGAAGCGGCUAAAUGUAUUUAACAGUUUAUUAGGUGCAGUGCAUAAAAUAAAUCCAAUUCUGCCUCUCAGCAAGUCCAGACCCCAGUGGAGGUUUUCCCCGGUAUUUGCGGGAAAAGACGGAGAAGUUGGAAGUCGGGUCCAUCUCAGCUCAUUUUGAUGUUCCUUUGACAAUAACAGUCGUAGAAACUCAAAGUUUAGCGCUUUUUGGCGCCGCAGCAGCCGUGUACAAUCAAUCGGCUUUGAGUGUCGCGUUUCAAACUCGGCGACCCCGGCGCUGAGCUGUGAUUCAUGAUGCAACGCUUUUACAAGGACUGUCGUGGAAACAUUAUUAAUCAGCGAAAUGAACAUCCAAUUAAUUUAAUACAGAACUUAUAGAGAGGCGUGUGGUAAAAUGUACAUUUUGACAGCCUUCAAUGUGUUUUGAUUUAUUUUAAUCUAAGGAAACACAACGUAGGCCUGUCACUCUAACCAGUUCUGAUGGAUGGAUAAAUUGUCCCAGAAAUUAUUGCAAUCAAUGAUAAUAUUUUCGUUUUGACAACAUUUUCAGCUAAUAUAGUAACAAAGGCACAAUAAUGAAAGGACCCGCUCUCAGACAUCAAUAAACUUUCCAAAGAACAUCUAACACUGGAACUGGAAGACAUUUCAAAUAUCCAAAAUAAAUAAAAGAAAACAGCCAAAACAAUAAAUAAAAUGUAAGAUGAAGAAAAUCACCUUACAAAACAUAUUGAUCAUUAGGCUCAGACAGAGAAAACCAGCAAAAGUUCCUGGAGCAAAAAACCCCAAACUAACGGCAUCGUACUGUAUGUCAAAUGCUUGCUGAACCUUUUCAAAAUGGCGGCUGUAUUAAAUAGCAGCAUUUGCUUUAAAGAUUAGGCAAACAAGCAUGCAAAUGGAAAUGACCAAUUAAUUGAUUUGGUGCGUAUUGUGACAGGCUGGACACAAAGUACCAGAUGGUUUUACGUCGUUUUUAAACUGAAGUGAACGUCAAAAGUGUGAUGCUCAUUUGUAUUCGCUCUCUCUGACUCAGCUCUUUGUAGAACCACCUUUCACUGCAGUUUCGUAGAUUUUAUAUGAAAUAUUUACACAUUCUCGGAGGCCAGGUCAGAUUCAACCGAGAGCGUCGGUGAAGUGCCGCCGGGGGCAGAAACGAGAGGAUCUGACGAGAGCGAAGGAGUGAAUGAAACUGACUGAUGCACAACAGCUGAAGAUGUGUUGGUAGCAUGGUAACCGGUAUUUAGGGUGAUAAUCACUCUCUGAUUACGGGGAACAUGUUAUCUGAUGCGACAGAAAGCCACAAAGCUCGCACUGAAAACAAUUGUCAUAGAGACAAAGUACACACACACACACACACCAACACCCAUAUUGUUGUUUAUAUUUUUAAAGUCAUUGUAGCGCCAUCUGAUCAGAUCACGCACCAUAAGGGAACCAUCUGUCACAAGUGGGAGGUGGAGGGGAGGUUAUGAAUGCAGACAGACGUUCAGGAGCCAGACGGAAAAAGAUGGAUUUAACUUCAGGGAGGCUAAUAGUUCACUGAACGCUAAAAUCUGGGGAGAUGGAAAACACACCAAGCUUCAAGGACCUUUGGAGGCUGUGGUGUCCAAACGUUUUGCCUCGACGGCCAAAAACGCCAAGUUAAAUGUACUUGCCAAAUAUUUAGUUUUUAAUCAUUAAAAUGGCUAAAACUAUAUAUAUAUAUAUAUAUAACAAUAUUUUAAUGUAAUACUCAAAGCAGUCUAAUUUCAUAAUUUCUGUUGGCGGCGAAUCAAAAUCUUUGUAGGUUUGAAACAUGAAAAACUUCUUCCAGUUUAAAAAAGUAACUGCAAAUCAUGUUCCGUAUUUGUGUGUGUGUGUGUGUGUGCGUGUGUGUGUGUGUGUGUGUGUGUAUAUAUAUUCAACAACAAGAACGGGGUACAGGAUAUGGCUCACUCUUAAAAUAUUUUGCCAAGUUUAUGUUAAGAGCAUUCCCAAUUGUUUUUUUUUGUUUGUUUUUUUAGUAAAAGUCCCUGUGUGUGUUUGUGGCCCCCUUUUUAAUAAUAAAUUAAAUGGAAAGCAAAAGCUUGGAUGAUUUAUUUAUUUUUUUUAAAGAUUUUACUUUGUAUCUUCUUUGAAAAGACAAAGCAUCACUUGAAAUCACCCCCCCGGAUGUCUUUAUGUGUUUCUGCAUCAACUGUCUGACCAUCAAACCAAAUUUAGGCCAUUUCCAUCCAUUAUCUAACACGUCACCAGUCCAUUGCAGAACUUAAGCUACUUGUGAAUUGUAAUUAAGUUUUCACCCAAAAUUGUUUUGAGGUUCCACAAAUUUGAGGUUCCAUUUUGGACGCUCCUGGGACAUGGAGAAAAGAAAAGAAGUUUAUUUCUCAUGCGCACCAGAUUCUCUUGGUAGCCAAAAAAAUCUCCACAAACUCAAACUACUACAGAAAAUGGCUGCAGAAGAUGAUAUAUCCAACACCCUGAAAGCACAUGUAUCUGACAAUGUCAUCCAAGGAAUUGAGUACCUCACGUGAAAAGCAGGAGCAAUUUUGCACCAAAAAAAAAAAAGAAAAAUUGAGAUUAAUCCCAGAGAUUUUCUAGAAAAAAAACAUGGACAUUUCUGAGUUUCAAAUGUCGAAAAUCUUUAGCGGCGCCCUCCACUUUGAGAAACGAUGCUCUAGAUCAAAACACACUCCUCAUCAGUGUGAAUGACCCAGUUCUAAAUCAGAGAAUCUGUGGCAAGAUUUGAAAGUUGAUGUACACCGAGACUUUUCAUCAACUCUCACCGAGCCUGAGCUACUUUGCAAAGAAGAAUGUGCAAAAAAAUAAAUAAAAAAUCAUCCUCUAGAUAUCAACAGCUGGUAGAAAAAUACCUCAGAGGUUUUCAGCCCAAAGAAAAAAAAGCAAACACCUAAUCAUACGGCCAGAUAGAGAUUUAAAGAAUAGCAGCAAAAGCAAAUGAGGGGGAUUAGCAGUGCUACUGCCCACAGCAACACCUUGGACUCUAUGAAAAUAAUCUGAUAUGAGUUACAACAUUUCAUUUCCCUUUGGGCAUAAAUAAAUUCUUACUGAAUUUCAACUGCUCAACCUUAUGUUGGUGUGUUGCGUUAAAACUCAAUAAAACACGUUAGAUUUUCUGGACUUAUUAUGGGAAAAACACUGAAAGGUCGACGAGUUUGAAGACUUUCCUGUUUGUGGGACUCCAAUUCCCUCUGCGUGUGGUGACCUGCCAGCUAUCAAAAGUGGAGAAUGAAAUUGAAGACCUAUGAAUGAAACUCUAGGUUGAUGCAGAUGAGCCAGAAAUAGUACGAAUGUAAGCAUGUGUAUGUUGGCCAGGUCUCACUGGGCUCAAGCACAGGAACUCAAAAAAUCCUGGUAUUAGACCUCAGGCUCACACAUGAGGUCUAGUGUGUAAGCACCGAGGAUCCUUCGGGUCUUAUUUAUUUACCUUAUUUAUAGGUAAAUAAGGUAAAUAUUUACCUUAUAUAGUCUUUACUAUAUAAUCCUAUAUAGUAAAGACUAUGUAGGAUUUACGUGAGCUGAUAAAUAAAUGCGGCACUGAUAGACCAACUUGCUAUAGUACAACUCAAUUCACUCCUGUUUUUUUUCUUUGGUAGUUUUGUUUUUUCUUUGCUUUUUGCAAAGUAAAACACAAAUUACAAAGUACUGAAGCAAAUAAUUCAGUUAAUCUUUCCUAAAAUACAAAUAAAAUCCAAAAACUGUACGAGUUACACUGUCAAACCUCCAUUCCUGCUCUCUCUUUAAUUCCCUCUCUCGCUCUGUUCGUAAAGUCCGUUUGAUUGAGCACCUUUUUUCCCUCUCUGGUGUGCUCAGCACAACCCGACCGCGCUCCUUUUCUCACACACUUGUCUGCAUGCGGCUGCUUGAACUCCAUGGGACGCGCCCCCCCGCCCCCACCCCCAUCCCCGCAUCUUGCCGCCGCGCCUCUUGUUGGAUUCCUGAGGAUCCUUCGGGUCUGAGUGUCCCCUUCCUUGGAGUGCGAGGGUGACGGGUUCCCCAUCGACUACGGGUCCAGGGACACCAUCAUUAGAGCCGAUGCGAAAAAGGAGCGAAGGCGCGGGCAGAUAAAGAGGGCCGACAGCUGCAGCAGCUGGGAUCGAGGCCCCGUCAGAGAGAGGCACCAGGCUGAGUUCGGACUGAGCGGCGGUGCAGCCAUGCGCUGCUCCACCCUGCUGUUGAUCUUCACCGUGGUGCUCCUCUACUUGGUGAUGGGAGCGCUGGUGUUCCGCGCCCUGGAGGCUCCCCUGGAGGAAAAAGAGCAUGCGGUGCUGAUGGACCAAACCCGGGGUUUCCUGUUCAACAACUCCUGCAUUGACCUGUACGCCCUCAACGACUACGUUCAGAAAGUGCUUGAGGCUGUAGGUGCAGGAGUGGACGCUGAAGCUGCUAUACUCAAUAAAACCUUUGCCACGAACUGGGAUGUAGCUAGUGCUCUUUUUUUCUCAGGGACAAUAAUGACUACCAUUGGCUAUGGAAACAUCUCCCCCAAGUCAGAUGGAGGGAAGCUCUUUUGCAUCUGUUUCGCCCUCGUGGGAAUCCCAAUGUUCGGCAUCCUACUUGCUGGGGUUGGUGACCAUCUCGGUACUGGCCUGAGGAACACUGUUGCCAAAAUAGAGAAACUCUUCCUGAAGUGGCGCAUUAGUCCCACAAUUGUGCGUGUGAUCUCAGCAAUCCUGUCCAUCCUGCUGGGUUGCUUGCUUUUUCUUGCUGUGCCCACUUUGGUUUUUCAAGAAGUGGAAAACUGGUCCCUUCUGGAAUCUGCCUACUUUGUGGUUAUCACACUGACCACAGUGGGCUUUGGUGACUAUGUUGCAGGGGAAGGUGAAUUUAUGACCCGCAUAGGAGAGAACCUUCUGCCAGAGUACUGGUAUAAGCCUUUGGUGUGGUUUUGGAUCCUCCUGGGUCUUGCAUACUUUGCUUCCGUCCUGACAAUGAUCGGUAACUGGCUCCGGGUUCUAUCAAAGAAGACCAGGGCUGAGAUGGAGGAACUAAGAGCCCAUGCCACAGACUGGACCCAGAACAUCCAGAACAUGUCCGUGGACUUUCGUAUUCCAGGAAAUUUAGAGGACCCUUUCAAGCGUCGCCGGCGAAAGCGCCGCCAUCGCAGCCAUGGUCACAGUCACAGUCACGGUCACAGCCACUCGGCCAAUGGAGCCCCAGGAGAAAAACAAGAGCAAAACCAGAGUCAGACCGAAUCUGGAUCUUACUCUUCUUCCUAUUCAUCUUCUGAAUCAGAAUCCGGAUCAGAAUCAGAAACGGACUCUCAGGCCACACAGACCGACCGGGUUCCAGCAACGGAGGCUCCUCCAGAUCUUGUCCAGCCGCAGCCUCUGGACUACUUGGCGGAGAACCUUGCCUUCAUUGACGAGUCCUCGGACACUCAGAGUGGCAAAAUACAACUAGAACCUGUUCAAGAAUCAAAACAACCCAACUCUCGUCAGGCAAAGAGGAGACGCCAUAGGCGGCCGACGAAUAGAAAAAGCUCUAAAACCAACUACUCCAACAAUAACAAAAAGCAACCCAAUGGAAACACAACACCUGUCCCAGAUCUUCCAAAAAAGCCUCUGGACUGAAGGUACUAACACCUCAUGAGACUCUGCCCACUGCUGACAGAGGAGGUCUCAGUCCAGCAGUUCCUUUCUGUGUAAAUGCUGCCUAUAUACUGUCAGUUAAAAUGAAGACACAAUGCUGAUGCCUUAUAAACCUUUGUGUGAUUUGCCAUAUAACUUUUCUCUUUGCAUGUGAGUGCAUAUGCAGCAAAUGAAAAGAUUAAGAUGCCAUAGGUUCUACGACUUUGUGAGGAGCUACUGCUCUCUACUGGCCUAAAACGGUAUUGCACUGAUCACCACUGUGUCAAAAUGAACCACUUUUUUAAAAAAAUAAUCCGGGUACUGCAACCAGAUUUGUGUUGUCAGAAACUUGCUACAGCAGUGUGAAACUCAAUUUAGAGAAAUGUUACCUGAGUCCAUUAUCCUUGAAUCCCGCCAACAAUCAAACAGGUUUACUUUUUGGUACCUAAAGAGUUUGUAAAAAUAAUAUGCAUAGUCAUCCAUUUGCAUUUUUGAUGGUCAGAUUCAUCAGUGCUACUAUUCUGCAUAAGUGCAUUAAAGAACUUUUCAAAAAGAAA